UCUUAAAGAAUUUUCCACAGUUCGUUGUGAUCCACACAGUCAAAGGCUUUUUUGUAGUCAGUGAAGUGGAAGUAGAUGUUUUUCUGGAAUUCCUUUGCUCUCUCCAUGAUCUACUGAAUGUUAGCGAUUUGCUCUCUCAUCCUGCAGCUCAAGUGGCUUGUCUCUUGACUUGGCCAAGCACAGGGCUGAACUGGUGUGUGCAGAUCUUUCUCAGAUGGGAGGCUUGAAUUCAUUGUUUCAUUGUCUGUGCUCAGAGCCCUCCAGUCACUCAGUCCAAUUUCUUGUCACUUUCUUGUUAGAAAGGCGGCUGACUGGGGCCUCUGCCCACCUAGGAGCUGCUGACCUCCAAAAACACUGUAAAUACAGUGUGUGAUCAGAGAGCAGGGACGACCCACAAAGAGUAGCAAAUUGUUUAACGCUACUGACAGCAUUGCACAUUUUCAUCUGAGCAGUCCAUUUGGUGUUCUGGAAAGGAGGAAGCUUGUCUCACUGGAAGGAUUCAAGCAGAAUCCCCUUCUCCACCCUCACCCUCAGAGGGGUGAGAAGAAACGGGGACGUGUAAAAUCCAGAAUCUGUGUGGAAAUGAGAGCUGGAAUGUCAUGCAAUGUUAAGAUGCCCACCUGACACUUUCCCACAGAGCUGAGCCCUUUAUCCAUUUGCUUGGCUGAUGAUUGAUGUUUUCAGCAGUCAUUCCUUCAAGGAGUGUUCCCCAUCCCAGUUGAUUUCUCCCUUUUUUGUUUUCUGUAAUACUUACGUACAAUUUGGAUUGAACACUCAUGGCAGACUUUUUUCGUUUCACAUAAAUCUGCUUUAAUUCUCAUUAAAAAAAAAAAAAAGCUUGUGUGGCACAGGGAAAAUACGCCUUGAUUUGUUAGGCAGAUUAAUAAGUGAGAUUAUGAACAGACUAUGUAUCCAGACUGAGAAAAUAACCACCUAUAAUCUGUCUUUUCAGAAGUACCAUUUCCAUGAAAAUCACUGAAUUUUAGACCUCUCCUGGUUGCUGAAGGACUUCUGGCGACGCUGUUCACUUAGUUCAGGGAGCUGAAGCUUCAGCAGAACCCUGACCCAGGGACAUCUCAAUGGCCCUGGGAGCAGAAAAGGCAGAGGGGGAGGCAUCCUCAGACACGAAGGCCCCUUCCUGUGGGAGCUGGAGCCGCGGGGAGCAAGAGCUGAGCCCCGCAGGGCCUGUGCUCGGGGAGCAGCCGCCACGCCUGGAAGCUGAGGGAGGACCCGCCUUUCCUGUUGGGAGCACCGAGGGGCUCCCUGGCCCUGCCUGCUAUGGUGGGGUUGGCCCUGGCCCCUCCAGAGCCUGCCAGCCACCAGCGAGCGGGGCCAGCAGGGAGCCAGCAGCUGGUGGGUCUAAGCCCACUUUCGGUUGCGUGCCUUCUCCUGCUGGCCUGGAGACUGGUGAUCUGCCCUCUGCGGGAAACCAGAUGGAGGAGACCAGGCUUCCUGUCCUGGAGGCGCUGCCUCGGGCUCUCGCCAUUCCCAGAGCUGCUGCUGUUUACUCGGGACACGAUGCUGACACCGAAGAUGACCCGUCCCCUGUGGAGUCCCCGCAGGUGCCAGACCUCUGCCCACAGUCUCCCAUGUCGGGCUUCCCGUGCCCGUCGAGGUGGAGGUCGACCGUGAGCCCAGGGAUGCCCGCGCCACCGUCUUCCAGUUGCAGCGUGUCCGCCUCCUCCCCAGGCAGCAGUCUCCAGGGUCACCAGGAAAAGGCAGAGCCUCAGAGUGGCUGCCUCGCCAAAGUCUCCUCCUCCCUGGAGCUGGCUGUCCCGCCGUCAGCGCCCUCGGUGGUAGGCCCUGGGCCUCAGCUCCAGUGGUUGCCCCAGCCUGUGUCCUCAGCGGGGGAUGCCCCCGGGCUGGGCAGGAGACGCCUCUCCUUCCAGGCCGAGUACUGGGCCUGUGUGCUGCCCGAUUCCCUGCCUCCCUCCCCAGACCGCCGCUCCCCACUCUGGAACCCGAACAAAGAGUAUGAAGACCUGCUGGACUACACCUAUCCCCUCAGGCCCGGGCCCCGGCUCCCAAAGCAGCUCGAUAGCCACGUGUUGGCUGAGCCCAUCCUGCAGGACUCAGGCAUAGACCUGGAUAGCUUCUCUGUCUCCCCGGCAAGCACCCUCAAGUCACCCACUAACGUGUCCCACAGUUGCCCACCAGCCGAGGCUGCUGCCCUGCCAUUCUCUGGGCCCAGAGAGCCAAGCCUUAAGCGGGGGCCCUCUGGAGGACCCCAGAAGCAGGGUGGUGUGGGGUUAGCAUCUUGCAGCCCCUUUGCCUCUACCCCCAGAGCCCCAGGCGGUAGGGCCACUCCUUGGGUGAGCAGAGAGCCAGCCCGGAGGAACCUGAGGGACUGGCCACCUGUGGGCAGGCACCUUGAGCUGGGUUCUCCACACCUGAGGACAAAGGACAGAGGGUGGUCCUCACCCAGGCUGGAGAGGGAGAAGGGGGCCAGCCAGGGCCUCGGGCGCCUCACCUGCACGGAGUCUGGAUGGAAACCCCAAGAGGAGGUGGAAAGUGACGACGAGUAUCUGGCCCUACCCACUCGGCUGACACAGGUUUCUAGCUUGGUUUCGUAUCUGGGCUCCAUUCCCACCUUGGUGCCCCUGUCCACGGAUGCUGCCGAAGGGCAGAGCUCCCUGGACGUGUCGGACAGUGAUGGGCCAGCUUCCCUCCCUUCAGACUCCAGCCAAAGCCAGCUUCCCUCCGGGGCUACCCUCAGAGGGUCCUGGAGCACUGAGGACCAGAAGCACUGUUUGCUACGUUCCGUCAUCCAUGCAAGGCGCUCUGCCGGGGAGGGCAGCCUGGUGAGCGGCCAGGCCCUGGGGGUCUCCUCUGGACCAGUGAGAACCCGCGCCUCCUGGUCGGCAGUGUUGGAUCCAGAUGCUGACGGGCAGCCUCCCAGGAAGUGCGGAGAGCAGGGAAGAGAGUCCCUGGCGCAGUGCGUGCAGACAUUUUGUUGUCAGCUGGAAGAGCUGAUCCACUGGCUGUAUAACGUUGCAGACACUACCGACCACCUCACUGCACCCAGAUCCAGCCUUACAGGCCUCAAGUCUUCUCUGCAGCUUUACCGGCAAUUUAAGAAAGAUAUAGAUGAACACCAGUCCCUGACGGAGAGUGUCUUACAGAAAGGGGAGAUCCUGCUUCAGAGCCUGCUGGAUAAUACCCCAGUGUUAAAAGAUGUCCUGGGCAGGAUCUCUAGGCAGCCCAACGCGCUGGAGAGGCACGCGGAUCACCUGUACGACACCAUCUUGGCCUCCCUAGACUCACUGGCCGGCUGCAGCCUCACCCCCGAUAGCACGCCAACGGCACACAGGAGCGCCGGUGUGAAGGGGAUUAGCCUGGCAUCUUCUCUGGAUGAGAUGUAAUAAUCUGUCAGUCAAAAUGUGGCUAUUGGGAAACUUUCGGAAGUCCUUGUGAGAGCCAUUUAAUAUUGAAACCAAGGGGGAAAUGUGACUCUAAUGUGCUAGCUUUAAAAUGCCUUUCUCUUCCCUGAAAGUAAGGGCUGUUGAGUUACUGUUUUUAUUUAAAUGAGUUCUUUCCAGUUAAGGUUUUCCUUUGGUGCUUCUCUACAAAGAGCAUGUAGCUUUGCAGUUGUUGAUAAAAUAAUGCAAACGAGGCUUACAGGAUUUCCUCUCCCUCCGUCCAGUUAAAAAGAGGAGAUGGAACUCCUAAACUAGUCCAUGUACUGAGAUCAUUUAAAGAAAGCUGGUAUGAGAAAGAAGGUACCCAGUACUUGGUAUUCUCAGACAUACAAGAGGAUCCAAGAGACAUGACUAAGCUUAUAAAUGACUCUUUGAAGAAUGUAGAAGACACUCAAACUCUCCAAAUUAAUACAAAGUUUUGAACAAAUAGAACCUCUGCAAAUUAUUUUGAGCUGCUAAGAUACCUUUUAUCAUCUUAAGUGCUCAGGGCUCCAUCUGCCUGCCUAACAUUUUAAAUGAGAAUGUGAUAGGGGCUUAAGAAGCUGCCAUUGAGCCCACUAAUGACCUGCCUUCAGGGUACCUCCAGGAGGAGGCAUCCUCCACUCCUCCCUGUGAAGAGUCAGAAGGGCAUGGAUAGGCUCACACAGCCUGGUUAAAUAGCUAUAGAAGUUAAGGCUGUUCAUGGUGAGGGGAAAAGGGAAUUCUUUGUUGCUUUGGGAGCUGACAUGUGAAUACCUUGGGCGGGGGGACCAAGGAGCAACCAUUUAAAGCCAGCUCUGUAGCUUUUUAAAGUAAAAUGAUUGGCCAUUGCUGGUAACCACACAUUCUGCCAAAAACAAGUGCUUUAAAAAUGUUUUAUUGGGCUGUGAAUGUACACGGAAGGAGGAAAGCACUUUCCCUGUUUACUUGUAUUCCAGUAAGCUACGACCUGAGGAAAGGGUUCUCCGCACUUAAAUAUGUGGUAAACACUUCACGAAAGUCAAAAUCCUUUCUCAAACUCUAGGUUCUCACUUGAUGGACGGUGCUUAAGAAAGGAAGAUAACUUUCAUUUAUAAAGAAAUGGACAAAUCACCUGAACCCAGAGCAGGUAACAUUGGAACAGUUACUCUCAUAAAGCAGUCUUCUGAUAUCCCUCAGAAUAAAAUACUAAAUAGAAAAUUACCCUCUUUAAGAGAAGUUUAGAACUUAAAGCUGAGCAACUUAACACCAUCUCAUCCAUCUCUGAACCAAAAUCCUCAAGAGUUUAAACUGGAAAAUAAGCUGUUAAUAAGUUUUAAUGUUUAAAGAUUUUAAUUCUAAAGGGAAACUAUAAAAUUCAGUAACAGUUAUAUAAAGUGGAGUAUUUCAAAUGUCUCUGCCAUUCUAGUAUUUAUCAAAAUGCUUAAAGGCCUAAUUUUGAUUCUGCUGUCUCAGUUUUAAUCUUGGUUCUGGACAUAGAUUUAAAAAGACAAAACACCUUCCUAGCAGAUUAUUAUAUAUGUAAAAUAGUCUUAAAGGCCUUAAUUGGUAAAGAAGGCAUAUCUAAAAGCCUCUGUUCUUAUUUCACCUUCUCUUGAUGUGACUAUAAAUUGGUACAUGCCUUUCCAAUGAGUGUAUUACAGGAUAAGCCCUUGGGAGUUAAACCCAUUUACUGACAUUUUGCUAGGCAUGAAAAUGCCUUAACUAGUUAGCAAAAAAAUUGUUUCUAUAGGGUUGUCAUCUUCAAAGUGACCAAUGGUAUUUUACAGUAGUUGAAUGCUGGAAGUGCCAUUCGAUCUAAUAAUUAGCUUCAGCCGACGGAAAUUUUCACCGACUAUUUUAUUUCAGAGUACCCUAUUUUGUAAAAAACUACUCCUUUUACAAAGCGAUGAUCUAAAGAUAUUUUUGUUCACUUCCUUUGCCUACUCUGGACCUACUCAUGAAUAUCACUGAAGACUAACAGCACAGCUAUUAAUGGUAUCUUUGGCAGUGCUAUAGGUUUAAGACCUCCCUUAAAACUCAAGCGGAAAUCGUUUCUGACUAGGCAGAUGCUGCCAGCAGCAUUUCGUGAGCAAACACGGCCAGGUUUGCUUCUAGCGGCCCAGCUGGCCAGUGCUCUGUGGUACACAUGAGCCUUAAGGACAGCAGUGGCUCACAGUGACUCAUCAUGUAGUUACAAAACCCCAAGUUUACCUGUAGUAUAAUUCCCUAGUAAUCCCCUUAAAGUAGUAGAACUUAAGUCCACAGGAAAGUGGCAGUACUGGGAGCUAGACUGGCAGUUUCAAAACCUGGGUUCUCGUUGCAGCUCCAUGGCUUAAGCUCAUCUGCAAAUAGACCAUGUCAGUACAAUGCUAUUUUGAAGCUUAAAUGGGAACACAAAGGGCAGAUGUGAAACAUGCUGCAAUGACAACAGACAUGCUAAAGGUAAUUUUGGUCCAAAGUCAAAAAAAGUCAUUGCUUAGACCAGAAUGGCCAUCAUUCUGCAAGGAUUUCCAGAGACUGACUGCCUAGGUUUAGAACAUGGGAGCUAAUUCAUAGCAACCACUUAUAAAAUACAGCAAGCGAUAAUUCCCUUUACUGAGUGAAUGGAUUAUUAAAAGCCCGUAAUGUAGCUUGAAAUAUUUGUACUUGAAAAUGGGGGUAGGAAUGGGAGUAUUUUCCCCCCAAACUGCAUUUAUUAAGCGAGUAGUGAAGCAUGCUGAAACAUCUUGUCCCAGUCUUGACUACCACAAGGAAAAGAACACUAGAAUUUUCAAAAAUAAAUAUGUAAAUAUGCUUACACCUCAAAUUCACGUAAUUUUUUUGCUAACUCACCAAGAAAAAGCUGACAGUUUGAACAACUUGCUGUGUAAAACAAAAGAGCAUUACAUUGUCUGAAAUUUGUAUCAUCUACUUUAAAAAUGUUUCUGAAUUAUUUGUUUGUACUGUAUUGAUAAGGCAAAAAAAAACCUUUUGAAGCAUUUAAAAAAAUUUCACCCAAAUUGACUAUUGGUAGCCUGAGGAGUUUUUCAGUUGCCUUAUGUGAAGAUGAAUAGACCCAACAAGCACAUCUAUAAUACAAAGUAAACUGUGAUUUUAUUGUGAAAUUCUCAUAGAUGGAAAAUUAAAUUGAAUAUUUAUUCUGUCCAUUUCAUUUUACAAUAAUCUUACCACUUAUUUUUGUACCAUGUAUUUCAAUUGCCUGUUUAGUGAAAAUAAAGAAACCUAUAAUUUUUGGCUUGUUUUUAGUUUAAAUUUUAUCACUGAAUUAAAGACCCCACCAUAAAAUGUGUAGCCAACAGCCACAUCCCACGCCCCUAAGUAAAGAAUAUUUUGGUUACUAUUUCAACCCGAAGGAAACAAUCUUUGACUUCUAUCACCGUAAAAUGCCAGAGCUGGCAAAAGAUUUUUGUUCCCCCACAAUAAAAACAAACCCUAGGAUCUUUAACCAAGUUAACAAAUUUUUCACAUGUGCAAAAUUCAACUGAAAUAAAUAUUUCUCAUUUACUACUCCCACCCAGCAUUCAUGUUUUCAGCUAAUUUUAAGGGACAUAUUUUCUAAAAUUAGGGCAAAUAGUAAAUUUCCUGCUUCCUACUUAAAUGCUUUAACUCAUCUCCAACCUAAGGUAUACAAUUGCGGAGGAUAAAACAGCUGACAUCUGACUCCAAACAUGGAAGAAACAA